AUGAGAUACCAGUCAAUCCUUCAAUAUUCCAAAGAUAUCAGUCUUAAUUCAGACAAUACAUUGGAAUCAUAUGGAAUUGUUCACGACACAGAGUUAUACCUAUUCAACAAGAAGAUAUUGGAAAACAAUAGUCAUGCACCUGAUGAGGUCAACUUGUCCAUACAGGACUUCCAAAUUCCAAGAUUACCAACACCAAAGAAUCUAAAAGAGUUGGAAGCUUCGUUUAAUCCAUUGAACAAGCUAUUCUCAUUGGAGUAUCAUUUGAACAAUCAGGUGAUUGCCACUCAGUAUCUCAAGGAUCAAUUUGAGAACAAGACAUUGCAAUGCGUCAACACACUAAGUGAGCUCAACACACAAAGGAAGGGCAUCAGUGUUGCACUGCACAGUCUCAGUGAGUACAAGAGCAAACUGGUCCACUCCUACAACUCCAUCUCUGCACUCUUCAAGAAACAAUCACCUCAUUUCGAGUCCUUGCUUCUAUCAUUCGACAGUGACCUUCAACGAUUGAAGCAAGUCAAACUACAUGAUGCACUCAAGACAACGACAAAGAGUACACUACUUGAUUGUAUACCAGAGUUGGAGAUGAGGAAAUGGAGCGAUCAAUGCAAGAGAGAGUUUGAGAUAUUGAAAGGAAAGAUCAUGGAGCUUGGAAGCCAGAUCGAUUCAAUAAGAGACUCUGUUGAUAUGAAGAGACCUUUGGAGAUAAACAUCAAGGAGUUGACGGAAAGAACAAACCAAGCAAGGGAGCAUACCAAGCAUUUCCAAUUGCUACAUCAAGAGUCCUUGUCAUACUCUGAUGGUAUCAAGAGAGCAUUGGAGGGAUCAAGGAGCAACCUGGAUCAGCUGUCCAAGGUGGUGUCAUCAUUCAGUGAGAUACAAUACUCACAGGAUGAUAAUAUUAGGAACUCAAUGAGGAAUGUUGAGAUAUUGAUGACCACUUUGAUACUGUUCUCCAAGUCAAAGAAUAGUUUCAAUCAAUAUGUAUUCUCAGAGCUACGAUCCAUUUCUAGAUUGCAAUCAGAGAUGCGUCAAUUGAUGAGCAACUUCUCCGUAUUGAAUGAGGCCAUCUCCAAGCAAACCAACAACUUCUUCCAACUAGAGUGUAUACAUCAUAUGCCCACUGCCUAUCUCGAUGCAUUGAAUGAAACAUCAAGGAGGAGAAGAUUCGACAAUACAAUCAAUGCCAAUGUAUCACGCUUCAUUGAGUCAUUGAAUAUAUUCACGGCCAGUGAGAACCAAAAGAGACAGGCAUUCUUUGAGAAGGUGUAUAGAUAUCUGCCACCACAUAUCUUUAACUCACUCAAGGAGCCAUUACCAUCAUUCCAGCUACACCUACCACCCUUUGACACUCAACUUCCCUCGAUCAGCGACUCCCAAAUACUGCGCGUGGACAUUGACGAUGACUUUACACUCAUCGAUGGCUUUGAUCCGAAUCUCCAAAAGACCGCUACAUCCUCAUCGUCAUCAUCAUCACAUGUCCAAGUCCAGAGGAAGCCACCCGAGUAUGAACGAUCAUUCAGUGCUUCAUCACUAGAGUCCAAGAUGAAUGAGUCACAACAACUGGAGAAGAUUAGGAUGUUGGAGUCCAGACUACAGUCGACAUUCUUGAUGGCAUCAAAGACUGAAGAGAAGUACAGGGACCUCCAGGAGAAGUCCAGGAUCAUGCAGUCCGACAGCUCAGUCACCAAUGGACUGAAGCUUCAAUUGGAAUCACUCAAGAAGGAGCUGGAGGAGAAGAAACAGGAGCUCGAGCACCUGUCUUCAACAAUCCAGCAGAACUCAGAGUUGAUUGACUCACUCAAUGAGCGUGAACAUGAGAUGUCCACCAAGAUCAUCCAGUUGGAGAUUGAAUGUGCCACCAAGAAGCAACAGUUGGUCACCUGCAAUGAGAAGAUUGAGAGUCUUCAGCGAGAGAUGCUCACCAAGGAGACUCUCGGUCUGGAGGAGUCCACCUCCUUGCAAGCGCAGUUGGUGGCGCUGGAGAAGGACAGCAUAGCCCAGGCCAAUCACAUUGAUGAGCUCCAACAACAAAUUGAAUUGAAGCAAGGAAUUCUCGACAGCACUACGUAUGAGAAGGAGAACCUGCUGUCUCGGUUGAAUGAAAAGGAAACAAAGUUGUUCGAGUUGGGCGAGACCAAUGCCUCACUAAGGAAUGACCUCAGCACCACCAAGGAGAAGCUGUCUAUCUAUGGCGAGCGAGCAUCACUUCUCGAUCAAGACAAGACCGAGUUGGAGGAGUUGAAGGCAGAUCUGCAAUGGCAACUUACACAACUCUCGGACAAGAUCAAGAGCCUAGAGGAUGACAUUGCAAACAAGGAGGCCAAAGCGUCACAGGACCAAGAGACGAUCGAGUCACUACGCGCAGAGACCAAGUUGUAUCAAUGCGAGAAGGAGAAUCUCUCUACCAACUUUGAACAACUCCGCGAAGAGUACAACGAGCUCCAGGCAUCAUUCGACGAGAGCUCGGCCAGACAAUCAAACAAGAUCGAACAGCUCCAGUCAUCAAUCGAUCAAUCAAAGGUGUAUGUGGAAAAGAUGAAUGCCGAUAUGAAGUCGAUCCAAGAGUCCAAGCACAAGGAGGUCAAGGAUCUGGAGGAGGAAUUGUCCUCUCUGAGACUGGUCAAUGAGAAUGAUGGACAUGAGCUGACAGAGCUGUUGAACCAGGUCGAGGUGCUCAAGGAUGAGAUUGAACGCCAGAGAGAACACCUUGAGAUCAAGUCAAGGAAGCUUGAGCAAGCCAAUUCCACCAUUGUCGCCAAGGAGAGUGUCAUCACCGAUUUGAACAAGAAAAUCAAUGACAUUGAAGCUACCUGGAAGACCAAGCACUCAGAUACUGUUGGCGCAUUGACAGACAACUGUGAUGAUCUAGCUACACAACUAGAGCGCAAGACUGCCUCCAUGAGCAAGUUGGAGCAAGAGUUGGUUGCCACUGUCGAAGUCAUCAAUGAUCAAGCACAUAGUAUAUCAACACUCGAGUCAAAGAUCAAGGACUUGAAGCAGGAUAUCAAGGAGAGAGAGGCACUUCAUAACAAGGACCUGGCCAACAACGACCAGCUCAUGGAUGAGAGCGACAAGCUCAGGAAUCAGGUGCAAGAACUGACCAAGAUGCUUGUGGACAGAGACUCGAGCAAUGAUUUGUUAGAGUCGGACAAGUUGGCACUGAUCAAGCAGGUGUCGUCGUUGGAGAAGCAAGUGGCCCAAUUCGAGGUGGUGUUGUCAUCUGAGCGAGAGUCACACAAACAAAAGAUUGGCAAGGCUUUGAAUGACAUGGAACAAGUACUUCAAGAGAAGGCAAUGCGAGAUGUUGUUAUGGAUUCAAAGGAGGAGGCCGUCCACACUCUUAGACAGGAGGUGACAUCUUUGGAACAAACUUUAAAGCUUCAAGCAUUGGCUAUGGCUGAGAGCAAUCAACAGAAACAGGUACUCGACAAGGUACACAAAGAGUCCACGCAAGAGUUCAACGAGACAAUUGCUCAGUUGAAUGAGUACAUUGAGGAACUCAAUCAGAAGAACAAGAGACUUCAGGAUCAGCUGGACAGUGUCAACUUCAACUCAAUAGGCCAGCACGACAAGAUUGAGAAGUUGCAGUCUAGCAUGGACGAGAGAGAACGUGUCUACCAGAUGGAGACAAAGGAGAAGGACGAUCACAUUGACAGUCUGGCCAAGGAUAAGCAGACCUAUCUCGAGUUGAUCAAGAAGCUGCACGUGGUCUUGGACACCAAGUACGAUAUUGGCAAGCCACAGGCUGUGUUGACGCAUGCACGCCAUCUCAAGGAGAACUGUUUGUCGUUGGAAAAAACAUUGGAGGAGUUCACCAAGAACGAAAGACUACUGUUGGAGAAGAUGCAAUCACACGAGCAGUCAAUGGUGGAUAUGUUCCUGUCCAAGGACAAUGAAGAGGUGGCUCAAUUGUCAAACUUCCAACAUAGUCGCACUGUGGUCUUCAAGAACAUCAAGAAUGACGUCUAUGAAGCAGUGAACAUCAAUGCGCCACACUACUACCUUUCAUAUGACAGCUUUGAUCUAUAUAGUGAUGAGAUAUCCAAGAAAGAUAUAAUCAUUGGAAGUAUUGUAGAGAUAAAUGAGUUGACAGCUGACUCCUCUCAUCCAUAUGGUCUACCAGCUGGUACCACGUAUCACGAGCUACUUGUAUCAAAGCUACGAUAG